CGAUUGGUGCGCUUGGCGGGCGGAAGUGGGGCGAUGUGGACUCAAAUGAAAAGGCGCGAGGAGCGCAGCGACUUUGAGCGGCUAUGGCGGCCUCGGAGGCUGCGGAGCUCCUUGCUCGGGUGAAGGAUGCACUCGCCUUUGAGAGCCAAGCCCAAUAUGGGGUCGAGGCUGACCUACCCCCUCAGGUUUUGGCUGAGCAUGCCGUGAGCACCAGGCACGCCCACAAGUUUAUGUUGAUGCAGCUGCAAGUGUUGAAGUUCUGUCUGGAUUUCCUUGAUUCUGGACUUUGCGUUGAGAACGCCUCCAAAUCUUCCGUUCGACAGGAGGUAGCCGAAGCGAAGCAGGAGUGGAAGAAGCUCAAAGCUGAGUACCAACAACAAGUGGAGAGCAUCCAGAAGGGUGUGCCACAACUGCUGCUCAAGCUGGAGCAGGCACGGAACCGAGCUCAGCUCUUGGAAGAAGCUCUGCAACGCUACCAAGACAAGAAACUGGAGAUGGAGGAGAAGGCGAGGAGCGCCCAGAAGCGGCUGCAGAAGGAGCAGGACGCCUUGUGUGAACAGCGGCGGCGGCUGGAGGAGCGCAUGGUGGAGCUGCAAAGCAGUCUGCAGGCGCAGCGCGAGGAGCUGCAGCAGCUGCGGAGGGAGCUGGAGGAAGAAGAGCGCCAGGCCUGCGCUUGGCAGGAAGAGGUCCAGAGGAUCUCUGACUUCCGGUCCCUUCUGGAGACCUUGCAAGGGGUCAGGCUACUUUCUGAGUCAAAGAGUGACCUGGAGUUUGAGCUGAUCUCCCCGGCCCAGCUGGGGGCUGCCACUCCCCACGCCCUGAAGCUGCGCUUGCACUGGAGGGAUGAUGGCAGUGUCAUGCUGCAGAGCGACAGCCCUUUCUUCCCUCCCUCUUUGGUGCUUCCCGAAGGCACUUGCGGCAACAUCAGAGCCAUUGUCCUGGAGUUGCAGAAUAGCUACUUCCAGCAAGCACAACUUCUGGCUGAGAUUGAGUUGCUGCACAGCUGUUUUGCUAUUGAUUGGCAGCAAGAGAAAAGGAUUCUGAGUUACCUGAAGCCCAGCUCCACUUGUAACCUCUAUGUGGAGCCAGGAUACCCAGCCAGCGGUGGCAUCUCCCUCUGCUCAGUGAAGGUGCAGCAUGGCACAGUUGACGCAACUUCCUAUAAGCCCCCUCAGGAGAGACCUUCGCUGCGGGACUGGCUGGAAUAUCUCAGUGCCGUAGACUUCAACGCUCCUUUCCUUGCCUGAGCAGCUGCUGCUCCCUCUGCCCAUGCAGGGUGAAGAAAGGUUUGGGACUAGAACCUUGCUAAGGAGCUGCUCUCCUUGCCUCUAUCCUGGGGAAGGAGAAGAGACUUAACCAGGGACAGCUGCAUUCUCCUUUCUUGUGCUGGCCCAUUUCAGUUCCUUCCCCCUCAACCCCUGGUCAGUUUUGAUUUCUUUGUCUUGAGUGGAUCUUCCUCUUGUACAUUUCAAGCCCCCUCUCAUCCUUACGUGUGUUUGUGUCUGACUUUACUUCUAAACAUUCUGAAACUUUGCUGUUUUCUGUUCAAUAAAACCCUGCAUCAAAUUAAAAAUCGAGGAAU